AGUAGUCAGAGUUACAGUAGCAUCUACUUUUUGAAACUCGGACACUCGUUUUCUACCUUUUUUCUUAGAAACCUAGACGAUCUUCUUUGUGUAUUUGUAUUUAUCGAAUACUGAUGCAUGAAAUGAUGGUAUAAAUGACACAGAACUACCAGGUUUAAAGGGAAACAUUCACCGUGUUAAGUGUCGUCGGGCCGGGCUAGGUUAGCCUAGCAUCCACUGGUGUUUUUAUCCGUCCUUAAACUCGGUCGCUGUCUCUACUUUACUGUGUCGCGUUUUUAAUAGAGCUUCAAGUAUAUUUCCAGCAAACAUGGCAGUUGUCAAUGAAAGUGGUUUAAAGAAGAUGCUGAAGCAAUACAAAUAUAAAGACCUGACUGUUCGUGAGAUAACCAAUGUCAUCUCCCAGUACAAGGACUUGAAACCAGUUAUGGAUGCUUACGUGUUUAAUGAUGGCUCUACAAGAGACCUGAUGAGCUUGACGGGGACGGUACCUGUGAGCUACAGAGGCAACGUCUACAACAUUCCAGUGUGUUUGUGGUUGCUGGACACCUAUCCCUACAACCCUCCCAUAUGUUUUGUCAAACCUACCAGUGCCAUGAUGAUCAAGACUGGUAAACACAUCGAUGCCAAUGGCAAAAUCUAUCUCCCUUAUCUACACGAGUGGAAGCAUCCUCAGUCAGACCUGUACGGUCUAAUUCAGGUGAUGAUUGUCGUAUUUGGAGAGGAGCCCCCAGUGUUUUCCCGCCCCACCACACAACCCCCCUACCAAGCCUUUCAAGCUGCUGGACCCCCCAAUUCUUCCUACAUGCCUGGCAUGCCGGCGGUCUCGCCUUAUGCCUCAAAUCCUAACCCUGGGGGCUACCCGGUUUAUCAGUACCCUGGUGGAAACUCUUAUCCAGCCACUGCUGGACCUGCACACUAUCCCGCCCAGACUCCAGUCUCCACAGUGGGUCCAAGCAGAGAUGGCACCAUUGGUGAGGACACAAUCCGUGCAUCUCUGAUUUCAGCUGUGAGUGACAAACUUCGCUGGAGGAUGAAGGAGGAGAUGGACAGAGCUCAAGCAGAGUUGGAUGCCCUGAAGCGAACAGAGGAGGACCUGAAGAAAGGACAUCAGAAACUGGAGGAAAUGGUCUCAAGACUUGACCAGGAAGUGGCUGAAGUGGACAGGAACAUUGAGCUGCUGAAAAGAAAGGACGAGGAGCUAAGCGAAGCCUUGGAGAAAAUGGAGAACCAGUCGGAGAACAACGACAUUGAUGAUGUCAUCGUACCCACAGCUCCACUGUACAAACAGAUCUUGAACCUGUAUGCUGAAGAGAAUGCGAUCGAAGACACAAUCUUCUACCUGGGAGAAGCUCUCCGCAGAGGUGUCAUCGACCUGGAGGUUUUUCUCAAGCAUGUACGCCUUCUGUCCAGAAAACAGUUCCAGCUUCGUGCUCUCAUGCAGAAAGCUCGCAAGACUGCAGGGCUUAGUGACCUGUACUGACCCACAAUGCCACUUUUGAAUCAUAUCUGUGCUCUCUUCUUCCUGCUGUUUAUUCCCUUUUUACUGUAUUCUUGUAUAUCAACCAGCUGUCUUUUUUUUUUUAUUUAACAGAAACAACAAAGGCGACAUGUAUUUAAGAAAAAUUGUGAGAUACCAAGCUGUGACAACUGUAGUUGGCACAGUUUUAAGUCGUCGGGCAGUGAUAAAUGCAAGAAAUACAAAUAAUGACGUCCCAUAGAAGAGGCAUUGUUUUUAUGCCCUGGUGUUCCCUGCAAACGCCCGUUGCCUCUGUGAAUCAGUUCUUGUGGUUGAAUUCAAAUCUACUUGACACAGAUUCCCUAUUGGCAAAAUAAUGGCCCAAGCCAGUAUGUGUACAACAUAUGCAACAUUUGACCUGACCUUAUGUCGUAACUGGACUCGUUUACACUGAGCUGGCGUGUUGUGAAGAGCACGCUGUGCUACACCCACAGGGCUACUUGGGAGUUCUUUUGCUGGAAAAAUACAUUUAGCCAGUAAGCACAAGAGGUAGAGGGCUAGGACUGAAGGACUUUGUAUAGACAACCCCGUGUCCUCUUCCUUAGUAAGGAAAAAUGUAAAACGCUGAAAUAAAUUCCCAGAACCACUCUCCAAAUGGCAAGAGUUGUGGGUCAUGUUGAGUAGUUUUGAAGUCAUAUGGAAAUCAUUUUACACAGUAUUUGUGAUGAUGAACAUAGUGACCGACCUGAAUUUGUUGCUUGUAAGCUUCUGAUUCAUAAUCCCCUCCCUUGUGAUGGUGAGUACGGUUUGUGCUUCUUCUUUUUUUUUAAUUUAAUUUUAUUGUGUGCCAGCUGCUCUAGAUUAUUCUCUAGGCUGACUAAAUUGUCUAGUCAGUAAUGUAUGAUAGUUGUUUCACUCUGUAUAAUAUCUUCACUAAAGGGGAAAGGCAGACAUCACAGAGAAUCUGUAUAGUUUUUUUUUCUUUUUUUUGUGCUAUCCAUUUAUGCUCAGUCCUGCUUAGAAAGUUGGGUUUUUAUCAAAUGUAAGGAGGAAGAAAAAAAAGAAUUGUGGCUAAAGCUGAGGACUAGAGGGUACAAAAAUGUUAACAAGUAAAAUAUUGUACUAAUCAAAAAGUUAACCUAUAAUUUUGCCUUUUACUUAAAGCACUUUGAAUUGUAUGAUAGAGUAUCUGUUCUUUUUCUGUUUGUUUGUAUUCAUUUCAACCAUACACCACAUGUUCUUUUAUAUACGAAUUUCUGUAAAUUAGUAAAAAUAAAUAAAACAAGGGGAAAAAAACUGUAA